CGGUAAUGCACCAUUGAGCUGGAUGCCAACCGCCGUCAAACCCGAAAAAGAGGAAGAAGAAGAAGAAGAAGACAGUUUCAUAACAAUACGCCACUUCCUCUGACCGCUGCUUAAGGUAACUUUAAGUUAUCUACCUCAUGACUCAAUGUUGCGUUUGAUCGCAACAUCCCUGUGCCUCAGAUGCCAAAGUGCCGCAGCUCUAUCUUUACACAUAAGACCAUGUGCAACACUCAUCCCAGCAGAGAACCAGCAGACUGUGGAGGCUCUCUACGAUCUCUCUGUGGACAUCCAGAAGGUGCGGAAACUAAAUAGCUGGGUCCUGCAUCAGAGCCCAGCCUACACUAAGGAGGUAGCAGACCUGCUGAAGGACUUAGGGGCCUCGGGCCCUGUCAUUGCCCGGAUCCUCACAGUUCACCCUGAGGCGGUUCUCUGCCAGCCGGAGCAGAUGCAGACUCAGAGGGAGCUGUGGAUGUCUGUGUGCCCGAAACACAAAGAGCUGGUUGGUAUCAUUGAGAACUUCCCAGCCUCCUUCUUCACUUCCUCCAGCCACCACGACAACCAGCGGAACAACAUCACUUUCUUCCAGAGCCUUAACCUCAACAAGAGAAUUAUCACUAAACUCAUGGCCAGCGCUCCGCUGAGCUUCAGUCGCCCGGUGGAGCAGAACGAGGUGAUGGUGCGCACCCUCCAGCAGGCUUACCAGGAGCUCGGGGGGGAGGAGGCCAACAUGAAGAUCUGGCUGCAGAAGCUGCUGAGUCAGAACCCGUUUGUUCUCAUGAAGCCCCCUGAGGUGCUAAGGGAGAACCUGCUGUUUCUGAGGGACAAGGGCUUCAGCACCGCCGAGCUCCUCCACCUGCUCUCCAAACUCAGGGGAUUUGUCACCGAGCUGAACCCCGACACCAUGCGCCGCACCAUGGCGUACUCGCAGGACACCAUUGGCUGCUCCGAGGCAGAGCUGCGGCACAUCGUCCUCAACUGCCCGGCUGUGCUUUACUACCCUGAGGAUAUUCUGGCCGAGCGCUUUAAGGGCCUGCUCAGCGUUGGAAUCAGCAUGUCGCAAAUCAAAGAGACUCCGACUGUUUUGGAGCUGACCACGCAGAUAGUGAAUUAUCGCAUCCAGCGACUGAGGGUGCACGGGUAUGACGUAAGGACAGGUAGUCUGGAGGUCCUUAAUGGCACUAAAAAGGACUUUGAGAUGAGCUAUGAAAAAUUACAUCUACGUAGUGAAAGACCUAUUUUUAACCCUGUCGCCCCUCUAAAAGUGGAUGACUGACAUCAUUUGUAUGGAUUAAAUCAAGAGAAUUCAAGUUUAAACUGGAUGUGUAAUUGUGUAUUAAUAUUCUUAUUAUUUAUGUUAUUCAGUGUAGGAUUAAAGUGUGAGCCCAUUUCAAACAUUCAAUUUAUAAUGAGAUACAUCUGUUUAUCCCACAUAUAUCUAUUUAUGCCACUUUAACUUGAGUGUCUUUUGGAAAGUAUCUCAGUAUGCACGAUUUAUGGGUGUCAAUACAGGCUAAAUGUAUAUUUAAGGUGUGAAAAAUUAGGAUGAAGGAUCACACUUAAGUAUUUGAGAGUCCCUUUCUGCUGCCAAAAUAUUCAAUCUGGUGGAAUUCAAAGUAAUUAAAAUCCAAUCAAUAAACUACUUUUGAGUCAUGAGACAAGCCCUUAUUUCCUGUAAUAAUGAAGUGUAUCCAAACACCAAAUGCAGAUUAAAAUAUUCAUAUAUUUGUAAGUUACAAACAGGUGAAUGUUAUGGAUGUUUUUAGUUCAGUUGUUUAACAGUCUUAUGGACUGUGGAAUAAAACACUGCAUAAUAUAACUGGGUAAUGAGUAUAACUGCGGACAAACAAGGCUGUUCAAAGCUUUUUAUUUACAGCCUGUGUAAGUCUCUUAUUUUCACACAAUGUUCUUGGCAGCACUGUUUCCCUCAGGGAAGAAAUCAGUGGCAGAUUUGUAUUGUUAGUUUACAGAUGGAGACACUUUAUUAUAUGCCAUUUCACUUCAGAAAUGUCAUUAUAAUUUUAAAGGAAUUCAAAUGCUAUUGAAAGAUGAGAAAAAUAAAAGUCAGGAAAAUGUCCUAUGAUUUGAACGGUUUCUUUAAAUGCACUUUUCAAUAUUAAUUCAAAAAGCAGUUUCAGUUCAUUCAUGUAAAAUAGAUUUUCGAUUAUAUUUGGCUUAAUUAAUGAGCUUUUCCUGUCUGUGUGCGUCAUUCAGAGGUAAAAAGACUGCUUUUGGGCUAGUGCCCACAUUUACUUAAGUGUCGGCCACAAAAUCAAUACACAAUUUUACUGAGCAUUGUCUAACCAAAGGAGGGCAUUGCAAAAAGGUUGUGUUUUGAAUGUGUCUUAAUAUAUCAAAGCCAGCAAAAGCCCUUGAAGCAUGUGAAAGAGUGCCCUUUAAUGGGAGUGGGCUCCACGGCUAAUGAAGCCAUGACUUUAUGCCUGAAGGUUCCUUCUCUGUGUAAGAUGGGGGUCACAACAAAAACAGAGAGAGGACUUGUGUGUCCAGAGGGAUGAGGUGGGACAGGAGGGGGGGGAUUAUAUACUUUAACAACUUCCACUGCCCAUCUGCCGCUUCCUGCAUCACACAGCAAGGCUCUGUAGUCAUGGUGAUAGCCACUGGGCAGAUGAUGCGAAAGUGAGUGCAUCUGGUAAUGAAUUUGUGCUCAGCAGAUGGAUGCUUGAGUUCAUUUUUAAACCAUUCAUAACAUGGAAACCCUGAGGGCGGCACAACAGGAGUACACCGCAGCUGAUGUACUGACGGUUUCUAAAACACAGACAUCCGUGACAUUUUCUUAAACUCAUCAAGGUUGAGUUUCGCUCUGCAAUAAAUACAAGGAGUUAAUCAGGAUGGGACAAGGCCUCAGGUGUAUAAAUGCAAGUCACUUCUAUUUCUUACCCACCGUCCUCUUGUCCUCUGCGGCCGUGUCGUGCCGCACUGUGGGUUUGAAUUACGAAGACAAGCCAGAUAGGUUAAUAAGAGGGAGUAUAAAUUGUACUUUUUCAUUUCAAACACGACACUGGUUGAUAUUAGCCACGCUUAACAAAUUGCUUUUAUGGAUUAUAUCUCACCUGAAACAGAUGACAUCUGCAUUUAAAAGCUAUGAUAUCCAGCUGAAGUCAGGAUUUGGAUGACAACUACAGCAAUAAAUAUUCCUCAGUGGGAGUUACAUUUUUAUUAUGAAGUAUAUUCAUCAAAACAAGCUAAUGCAGGAGAAGAGUCACUAUUUCUCAAAGGAAAGUAUUGUGUUCACCACUAAGGAAAACUUAAAGUUGCAAUAUAUAUUAAUAUUUGUUUUCCUCAAUAGACCUCUAACAUUCCGCCUUAAAAUAAAAACAUGAACAAAUAUUGUUAUUGCACUUGUGUUGUGUUUCUUUAAAUAAAAAAUAACAUUUGCAGUUUAA